AUGGACGGGAUCGAUCAGUUCGAGCCAUCGCACGAGGAUCGGGUGACAGUACUGAGCACGAACUUUGACGGAUCCAGAAUCCUUACUGCUUCUACAGAUCACCGCAUCAAAGUAUGGAGCAGAGAUGGCGACACAGGUGAAAGGCAGCUGAUCGAGACGUUCACUGCACACGAUGCGGACAUCAGAGACGCCAAGUUCACGAGCCCGUCCGUCGGCAACUAUAUCGGCACCGUGGCUGCAGAUUUGAAGUUCCAGCUAUGGGAAGAGGAUGCCUCCCAGGCAUACAACUCCGGUCGACGGUAUCGCGCCAUUGCUUCGAUACCAUCCACGCCACGCGUUCCGUUCACGUCGCUCGAUUUCAGAACGGUAGACUAUUUGUACACCUAUCUGGCUCUCAUAGACCGCCAAGGUCUUCUCUCCAUCUAUGAGCCAACUUCCGCAGAUGAGAUGAAGGACUGGACAUUGUUGGAUCAGUUCCAUGUGUGCUCUCCCGUACCUGGAAGGGGCGAUGAAACGAGCUUCAAGCUACAAUGGGACCACAACGAGUUGCCUCUCGCAUACACCAACUCGCUGUCAGAUGACAAUAAGCAGCUCAGCUUGAUCGUUUCGAGCAUGCAAGAUGUAAAGAUCUUCUGCUCGCGGGAAGAAUCGGAUAAGGACAGCACAAAUCACGAUCCAAGUGCAGGAUCGCACAGACUCACCUUCCACGAGUGCUUUCACCUCCCUGCACAUCCUGCCUUGGUGCGCAAUAUCGCCUGGAGUUCAUACAAUAUUCGUGGCUUAGAGCGAAUAGCCACAGCAUGCAAGGACGGUAUAGUAAGAGUGUUUGAGCUCUCUGUUGUACCUCAAUCCAGUCAGCAGAACGGCGAUGCAAGGUCCUCCUAUGGGAGGAGCUCCCGCAGUCGCCCCCAACCGCAGUCUUCAUUGACGCAUGCUAUUACCGGCCGAUCUGGAGGCAGCGGCGGAAGCAACUCUAUUGACCAAAGAGUGAUAGAUCUGCCCUGGACGUACAAGAUCGAAGAUGUGUCAGAGCUGCCAGGCCACGGAGACGCCUGGACGGUGACCUGGGACGGGACAGGGCAGAUCCUGAUGUCUGGUGGGAGUGACGGCGUUACGAGAAUCUGGAGAAAGAGCAUUUCCACUGGCAAAUGGAUGUUGUUCGCAGACCAAGCGGUCGAUUUCGAGGGCGAUGAUGUCGAUGAAGAGCAGGAAUCAUGA